CGGUGGCUACGCCACGGAACAGUCAUCUAACCCGCUCCUGUUUGCCAUGCAGGUGUACGUGAUGCUUGCCAUUCACGCACUUGCCUCUGCUUCACUGGGCACAGUGCCUAACAGACCAGCAGCCUGCGAGCCUUUGUGGCUCGAAAUCAGCGCGGAUACGCCUACCCAAUGCGGCUUCAACAUCGAUGCACUGGCCUUUCAAGCGGCGCCCCCGCCCGAGGAACUAUGGAUUCAGCAGCCACUGGCAGCCCAAUCUUCAUCAGCAUCACCAACAGCUAUAAAACCGGAACAUCCCCGCGCGGCGCACUGUGGGCUCGGUGGCUACGCCACGGAACAGUCAUCUAACCCGCUCCUGUUUGCCAUGCAGGUUGGUAGAAAAAGCUCUUUUGUUUCAAAAAAAUCAAGUAAUUACUGUCUGGUCCAGCUGCCGAGCCCGCAGCACUGUGUAUGCCUUGCUUUUGAAUGUAUCGAUGCCAUUCACUGUUUAUUACUGCUACUGUCAGGGGACAUAGAAACCAACCCAGGGCCUACUGAUCCUGUAAUUCUUGCUGAGCUGAAAAAAAUAUCUACCGGGCAGUCUGCACUCCUUUCCGAAGUACAAGACUUAAAAGUGCAACUGCAUACUACGGAAAAAACUAUUCGUGGCCUAAGUGAUAGAAUAGCACAGUUGGAGGAGCACUACAAAACCCUUUCAACUGUGCAAUCAGAACUAGUGACAUUACAGACGAGUAUGGCUGCCACCAGCCGUCACAUUGAAACUUUAGAGGCCCGGUUUGAGGACGCUGAAAAUCGCUCGCGACGCAACAACCUGCUAUUCCACGGACUUCCAGAUACUAACCACUCUGAAACUUUCUCGGAAUCGGAAGGAUUAAUUAUGAACCUCUGCAGUGAGCACUUAAACAUAAAAAUUGACCCGAAGGAAAUUGAAAGGGCGCAUCGGCUCGGCCGCUACAAGGCUGGCCUGCAGCGUCCUAUCAUAGUAAGAUUUACAUCUUUUAAAACUAAAGAAGUGAUCCUUUCUAACGGCAAAAAACUGAAAGGUACAACUUACGCAAUCAGGCAGGAUUUCUCACGUUCGGUCCAAAAUGCACGAAAACACCUUAUAGCCUUCGCUAGAAACAAGUCGACCGCUUUUUCAUGCCCUUACAAAACGUUGUUUCUUCGCUCAAAGCGGUAUGCCUUCGAUGAAGUAUCGCAAACAGUCAAAGAAAUCCCAUAGCAAACCAGGCAGUAUCGCCAACUGCCACACCGCCCCCGUAAU